UAUGGCUAUAUAGUUCAUAUUAUUAUUAUUAUUUAUUAUCCCAAUAAUAUUUAUUAUUUUACUAUUUCUGCUUUUGUUACUUCUACUUGGUAUUUACUGUUUACUAUGAUAUAAUAUGUAUCUGAAGUAGUUGUUACAUGCCUAGUUUUUUAUACAUUUUUAGUUUUUUUACAAUUAUUAUUCGCGUUAACACAACAACACCCCAAUCAUAAAUACAACAUUUAUAAUAUAAUUUAAUAUUAUGUUAAUCAUGUUAAUACCUUUAAAAAUAAAAAAUGUAUUGAACGGUCGUGAUUGAUCGUUAUUAUAGUAUUUGUUUAAAGCUAUUGUCGAUCCUGUUACUGUUUUUUCUGUCACUAAAUUCUCGAAGUUUUAAAACAAUUUAGUUAUAAUAAUAUUGUCAUGCUCAAUACUUUUUCCUACCAUACCACCGUCAACUGUUAAACGUAACUUCUAUUAGGUGUCAUAGUCCAACGCAAAAUGAUCAAGAUUCCUGUUAUGGUGGGCGUAUUAUCGUUGAUCACCUUGUUGAAGGCUGAAUCAUAUGAAGAUGCCCGUUGCAAAUGUGUGUGUACUAUAGUGAAUGGUACAGAAAUGUAUAAUAAAUUAUAUAUAGCUAAUGUUCUUCCCAGCAAUGAUUGUAACGGAGUAAGCUUACCAAUUAUUGGUGAAGUGAAUAAUACAAAAAAAGAACUAUGCCCACGAUGCACUUGUACUUAUGAGAGUAGAAACACCACAACUAUGAAAGUGGUUGUAUUAAUUGUGCUGUGUGUGAUAUCGUGUUUGGUGAUGUACAUGUUAUUCCUGCUAUGUCUGGAGCCAAUGAUGAGGAGACGCAAGCUAGUUGGCGCAUACGUAGAGCACACCAACGAAGAGGUAUGUUCUUUAUUGGAGGCGACCAUAUCCGAUAGCGGUAGUUUUGACGAUGUCGCCCCUCCUGCUGUAUCAUUAAAUGCAAGGAGAGGAAGUGAUCCAAUGGUUUCUGUAGCCAACAGCAGUAAUGUUCUUAACCGAUUUGGACAUCAACAAGACAAAUGGAAGAAACAGGUGAAAGAACAAAGAAAAAAUAUCUAUGAUCGUCAUACUAUUCUUAAUUAAUUGUUAUAACAUUAAUAAUAUUAUUAUUUUAACAUUUAAGGAAACCUCAUUUAUCCAUUUUCUCCAUUUAUUAUUACUUAUCAGUAAUAUUUAAUACUACUAUAUUUCUGUCUUAAAUAAUAUAUUCGAUUCCUUGGUCAUCUAUAUUAAAUCAUUAUUUUAAUUUUCUGAGAAAAAGUAGUUUUUUUUAUGUACUGUAAUUUCAAUUAUUUGUAUAAUAUGCAUUGUAUUUGUUUUUUUAUCAGUCAAUAUGUCAUUAAUUGUAUUAGGCAUAUUUGUAUAAAUACAGUAAAAAUACCUAUCAUGUGGUCAUUGA